CAACAACAACAACAUUUGCAACGUACCGGCAGCAUAUCAAGCAACAAUACAACGCCGGCACACAGAGCAGCAACACCAACAAAAACACAACAACAAAUUGCAACAAGUAAUAACAGUAACGGCGGUAUUAACAGCAAUCCAGUAACAGCACAGAGUGUCUCAUAUGCCACAGAAGCGCUAGUAACAUUGCGACCGCAAACACAAACACCCCAACAACAACAGCAACUGCCGGCAGCUGAGUGCAUUAACUCGCUGUUGGAACACAUUAGCCCAGCGGCGGCAGCAGCUGCAAUGAGCGGGGAGGGUGUACUAAAUAUUGCCGAUGUUGCUGAUCUGUUACAUCCGCAACAUGCGAUCAUAACAGGUGGACGGUCUCAUGGCGGUUGCCCGCUAAUCAUAUUCCCAGAUAAUAACAAUUUCAAUUUAUUGGAGGAGGCUGAUUAUCAGAAAUUAAUUUUAUAUCUCACAUCAGUGCCAUCGCUGCAAGAUACCGAUUUGGGCUUUCAGCUGAUCAUCGAUCGACGGAAGGACAAAUGGACGUCGGUGAAAACAGCGCUGCAGCGAAUAUCGAUCUACUUUCCCGGCGUAAUACAUGUAGUGUAUGUACUACGGCCAUCAGGACUGUUCCAAAAAGCCAUAUCCGAAGUAAGCACAAAGUUCUCAAAAGAUGAAUAUCGCUUUCGGCUCGUAGUAUGUUCAGCGCUCACUGAUCUGCACGAGUACAUAGACAAAAGCCAGUUAACAGUGGAUAUGGGCGGAUCGUUAAUAUAUUCCCAUCACGAGUGGAUACAGCAACGAAUAUCACUGGAGAAAUUUUCUAGUCUCACACAUCAGGUCUCAACCGAAUUGGAUAUUUUCAUACAAACCAUACACGACACGGAAUUCCCCAACUCUGUGGAGGCCACGCAAAAGCUAAUUGAUGUGCAAGGCAGCGAUUAUGAGCGUUUGAAGGAAGAGAUUUUGGCCGCUGCUAAACACGGCGAAACUCUGUUGAAUAAUAUCAAAGGCAAUGAAGAAAUUAAGGAGUUCUCCGAACGCACCGGCAAUGUCAGCGCAAUCGAGCGACUCCUGGUGCAGCUGGAGGAGACCGAACGCCGCUUCGACGAAUUCUGGCGCACACAUCGGAAUCGCCUGCAACAGUGCCUGGAGCUGCGACGAUUCGAGCAGGAUUUCCGCGAGCUGCAGACAAUUUUCGACGCCCAUCUGAAAUGCGUCGCCGAAAUGACCGAGAUCGGCGAGAGUGUCGAGCGUGUUGACACCCUAAUGGCCGAUACGAAGCACUAUCAGGAGCUCAGUCGUGUGGAUAUUGAGCGUGCCGGUGAGGUUAUAAGCGCCGGGCAACAAUUGCUCGGCGUACGCGGCGUUUAUCCGUGGGAGAUCGUGCAGCCGAAGUGUGACGAAUUGCAGCGAGUGUGCGAUAUAAUAUCGGAGCGCUUGUGCAAGCGUGUGGAGAUACUUGGCAAGAAUCGCGAACUCAUGGAGAGAGUAGAAAAGGCUAAUCAAUGGUGUGCCAAUGGCGUUGAGCUAUUAGCUUCGCAGCGCAUCGAGAAAUGUUCGGCUUCGCCGGAAAUUGCCGAACAAAGUUUACAAGAAAUACAAGCUUUCAUCGCAUCGGCGGCGGAAUUUAAAUUAUCUAGUCCAAGUGAAUUUAAGAAAAUCUUCCUGGAGAGUACAACACCCGAAACCAAAGCACUUGUCUCGCAAGUUCUCCAAAGAAUCGAUGAUGUAUCAUUAAUGUGCGACAAACGCAUUGCGAGUCUCAAGAAGUUGGCCGUCAAACCGCAGAGGCCGGUACAAACCGUUACGCCAGAGCCGGCAGUGCCCUUACAACCACAAGGCGGUGCACCCCAUCUGUUGCGACGGAAACAUAAGGCUGAUCUAAUACAUGAAUUUCGACCGAGAUCGAUGGAUGGUGUCAUUGACUCAUCUUCGGGCUCAUUAAAUGGUGAUACCACCGGUUCAAGCCCCAGAUAGUGCGAGUCAUUUACAAAAUCAGCAGGACGCUGAAGCGCGACGCGUACACCGAGGUCAUGUACUUACCGAAUUACUAGAAACAGAACGGAUUUAUGUAAAUGAAAUGGCCUCUAUUCUAAAGGGUUAUCGUGAUCAAAUGCUAUCUGAAGAAAUGAUGCAUCUUGUACCCGCUAGCCUGCAAGGCAAAGAGGAUAUAUUGUUUGGCAAUUUACACGAAUUAUAUACGUUUCAUAAUGAGAUAUUCCUUAAGGAUCUGGAAAAUUGUAUAUCUACAACGGAGUUGGUGGCGCUGUGUUUUGUUCAGCGGCGUGACACCUUCUAUCGUUUGUACUCUUUCUACUGCCAAAAUAUACCGCGCUCCGAUCGAUUGCGCGAAACGCUCGUCGAUACACAUCUCUUCCUGCAGGAAUGUCAAAAGCGUUUGGGACACAAAUUGCCAUUGGGCGCUUAUCUGUUGAAGCCCGUGCAGCGUAUUACCAAGUACAAAUUACUGCUCGAGAAUUUGCUCAGCUCCAGCGAUAGCGGCAGCUGUACCAAAGAAUUGCAAAAAGCUUUAGAUUGUAUGUUGAUUGUGUUGCGUUGUGUGAACGACUCGAUGCAUCAAGUGGCUAUAACGGGAUUCCCGAGCAAUCUUUCGCAACAAGGCGAACUGCUGCUGCAGGAUCCCUUCCAGGUGUGGACUGAGUCGAAAAAGGAUUUGCGACUACGCAAGAAACCACAACAACGACACAUAUUUCUCUAUCAAAAAUCGAUGAUAUUUUGUAAGAAAACCUCAAAACCCGGCCACAAUAAGAGCACUUAUCAGUUCAAGCAUCAACUAAAGAUGUCACAAAUCGGCCUCACCGAAUCGGUGCGCGGCGACUCAACUCGCUUCGAAGUCUGGUUACAAGGACGCCAAGAAGUGCACACGAUACAAGCACCAGGCGAAGAGGUUAAAAAUAAGUGGGUCACAGAAAUCAAACGUCUGCUACUCAACCAGCUGGAAGAGCUGAAGGGUGAGAAAAUCAAACAGUAUAGCAUGAAUCAUCAUGGCCUCAGACAGACCACGUCAUGGGAUACGCCCAACAUAUUGCUGGGCAUGCCGCAACGCGCCGUGAGCUGUGAUGCAUCUUCGGAAUCUUCGAAUCGCAAUUCUAACUGUAGCAGUAGCGGUGAUGAUGCCUAUCCGCACGGCAUGCCGCAACUGAGCACAACAACGGGCAAUGGACACGCGCAUGCGCAUGGUAAUGGUGGUAGCGGUGCGGAUAAGGAGCAACAGGAGGCAUGCGGCUGGAGCUCGGACUACUCGAAUAGUGAGGAUGAAAUGUCAAUAAUCGAGGAUAAUAGCGCGCCGAAACAAUGCAGAAGGUUGGACUCCAGCGGCAUAUUUGGAACCGCUCAAUCGAAAAUCUUCUCGAAGCUCGAGCCGCAAUCAGGAGCGAAUAAAUUUAACUAAAUGCGCUGAAUAAAUUAGCAAACAACAAAAAUUCAUUAAGCGGAAAUUAGUACAAGCGGAAAGCGGAAAUAACGGGCCUUUUGGAAAUUUUUGCAGCA